CCUAUAACCCUCCCCUGCGCAGUCACGCUUCGCGCACACUGCGGAUGGCGUGGCGAGGUUCCUUCUCGCGAUCGUUGCUCGCCGCCGCGCGGUCCUCCGCCGCCCGGUCGACGCCGGCGGCGGCGCGAGCUCCGCCUUCGGCAGUACCUCGCCUCCAGCGCCGCCAGCCUUCUUUCGCUUCUCCCCGGAAUCUGGGAGAGCUGGGAUGCAUGCAGUCCUUCCUUCCGCUUUACAGCACGGUGGCCGCUCCUCGACUCACCUCCCACCUCUCGGCCAGCGUGAGGGAGUGCUGUGAGCUUUCUCAGGGGAAAAAUGGAAAAGAUGGUUGAUGGAAGAGACGGGCGUCAUUCAGUGGGAAUCAAUCUGAAAGCCCACGUACUUGAGGAAUUAAGGAUUUGCUGUGCUUCCAAGAGGCGGCGAGAUCUGGAUUAUCAUUUUGUGGAAUGGAAGAGUAGUACUUUUGUUAUUAACUUUGACACUAUAUGUGCAUGAAUAAGUAAACUUCACCUUGUGUGGAAAAAAAAGAUGUUCCACAACACCAAGAUUUUAAACAUUAGCCAAGUAAUGCCUGCUAUUUCCUUUUGUAGCACUGUGCAUUCUUUCUACACUUCAAUAAAAGAAUUCUGGUGUUUCUUUGUGUGCCA